UUCCAAUUUCUCGGCUCACAUAGACGAGACGAUCCGUCUCAUCCCCGCCGCCCCCAAAUCGCCAAAUGGACGCCGCGGCGCCCGCGCCACCGCCGUUCGCCGUGCGCCUCGUCUCCGGCGGCGGGUCCUCGCCGGAGCUCGCGCUCCUCCUGCGCUCCCUCGCCGCCGCGCGCGUCGUCGCCCUCGACGCGGAGUGGAAGCCGCGCCGCCGCGGCCCCGGCGAUGGCCCCUCGCCGUCGGCUCCUCCUCCCCCGCCGCCGCAGUUCCCCACGGUCACGCUCCUUCAGGUGGCGUGCCGCGGCGAUGGGGAAGGCGCAGCCGCCGAGGUGUUCGUCGUCGACCUCCUCGCCGUGCCGCUCGCCGAUUUGCGGGAGCCGCUGCGGGAGCUGUUUGAGAGGCCUGAGGUGCUGAAGCUGGGGUUCCGGUUCAAGCAGGACCUCGUGUACCUCUCGGCCACCUUCGCUGCUGCCCUCGGCUGCGGCGCCGGAUUCGAGAGAGUGGAGCCUUUCUUGGAUGUCACCAACGUUUAUUACUAUCUAAAAGAACAUGACAUACAAAAGAGGCUUCCAAGGGAGACCAAGAGUUUGGCAACAAUUUGUGAGGAACUGCUGAGUGUUUCUUUAUCAAAGGAACUUCAAUGCAGUGAUUGGUCAUGCCGUCCCUUAAGCGAAGGUCAAAUACAAUAUGCUGCAUCUGAUGCCUACUAUCUACUCGACAUAUUUGAUCUAUUCCAUCAAAAAAUCAGAACUGAAGGGAAGUGUUUGCCUACAGAUGAGCUAACAUCAGAUGGCCAUUGCCCCCCAAGGGACACAGAAUGUUCUUCAUCUGGAGAUGACAUUUGCUUUGAUGGCUAUUUUACAUCCAUUGUGGCGAAGCAUGGUGAGAACAUUUUGCUGACAGAAUCAGAUACAAAACCACGUUCCUCAAGACGAAAAGAAAAACAAAAACUUGCUAUAAAUGCCAAAUGCAAAGAGAAGUUUGAAGGCAGUACUGAAUGGCAGGGUCCUCCUCCGUGGGAUCCUUCUGCUGGUGGAGAUGGCUGUCCAAAAUUUUUGUGUGAUGUGAUGAUUGAGGGUUUAGCUAAGCACUUGAGAUGUGUUGGAAUAGAUGCUGCUACUCCAUCCUCAAGGAAACCUGAACCAAGGGAACUGUUAAAUCAAACCUAUAAGGAAAGAAGAGUAUUACUUACAAGAGAUGUCAAGCUCUUGAAGUAUCAAUAUUUGGCAAGUAACCAGGUAUAUAGAGUGAAGAGCCUACUCAAACAUGAUCAAUUGGCUGAGGUGAUUGAUACUUUCCAGUUAAAGAUAUCUGAGGAUAAGCUUAUGUCGAGAUGUACAAAGUGCAAUGGAAGAUUCAUCCAAAAACCGCUCACACUCGAUGAGGCUAUUGAAGCCUCAAAAGGUUUUCAGAUUAUUCCCUCCUGCCUCUUUAACCGAAACUUGGAGUUCUGGAAGUGCACCGACUGCAACCAGCUCUACUGGGAGGGUACUCAAUACCACAAUGCCGUCCAGAAGUUUUUGUCAGUAUGCAACAUUAGCGACUGAGAUGCGCAAUACUAAUAUACUAUUACCGUAAGCUUGUCUUAAAUUUGGGAUUUAGUUGCCCACGAUGGAGAUUUUUCAUUCUAUCGGUUUGUCAUUCAUCAUUUCUUUUUCUUUUUCACUGCCCCUCUGCUGUUGUAAAUAGCCAAUCACUUUUUCCAUUCCCGGGGUGAUCCAAAACUAUUUUCAAGUGUGUUUGCCCGUUAAUUUGAUUCUCGUGUUCAAAUAAUAAAGGUGUGGCCCCCUCAGCCACCUGGGAUCGAAGUCCUACUGAACUCCCCACGAAUUUUUAGGAAGACAGCAAAAGAAUAAUACAAGGCUGAGAUCAAAAUUCCUACUAUCCGUUUUAAAUUGUACUGCUUACUUAACAAUACAAUUUUACUUGGGAAAUUCCAUAUGUUGCCUAUCUUAGUGGCUCCAUACCCAGCCGCUUUAG